AUGUUCUCGACAAGCAAGAACAAGUCAUAUCGGGACAGCUUUUCGUAUCGGGCAGGGAAGUCGAUGAGCAAGAAGCAGAAGUCAUUCAAGGAGUAUCCUUCGACGAGACGGAUCAUCACACAGCAGCCAGUCCAGCCAUCUUCAUCAGCGCAAUCGUCUCCGACGAAGACUGGCAGCUCACCUACAUCACCGUAAGCCAAACUCACCGAUGUCUCUCGUUUUGCUUCUCACGCUGUCGCAGAAACCUCAGCUCUGCCAUUGUUACGGUCGUAGUAGGCCCCGAACAGCGCCUCUUUGCCGCUCACGAAGACGUUCUUUGCAAGAGUCCCUACUUCGCCGAAGCCUGCCGGGCGCAGUUCUUCGAAGCCAACGGCAAACGAGUCGAGAUUCCCAACGAGGCACCCGAAGUCUUCUCCGCCAUCCUGGAAUAUCUCUACAAAGGUGACUACAGCCCGAAGCUGAACUACGAUAAGCGACAUGGCUCCUGGUAUCUUGAAGAGGACGACUCUGCUCGAGGCAUGAACGAGAGUAUCGUCUACACUGCAAGCGGAACAGCCAUCCUCAAAGACACCGUCGUAUACGUAAGUGCCUCUGCCCUCGAAUUAGUCAGUAGACCUACACUAACACUCUCUCCCAGUGUUCCGCCCAUCACUACCGCCUUCCCAACCUCCAACGCCUCGCCCUCAAAAAGCAAGGCCUCCAGUCCGGCGUGCAAUGCGGCACCAUCCUCUCUUCCGCUCGCUACGCCUACGCGAACACUCCCGCUUCCGACUCCAAACUGCGGGCCCACUACCUCGCCCUCAUCAUCCGGAGCAGGAGCACUUUCAAGCGAAGCGGGACGAUGCAGAUGGAAAUGGAAGCGGGAGGAACAGCGCUGUUCUUCGAUCUCUUCGUGGCGAUGGUGAACCAUCUCGUGCGUCAACCUUUCCUUCUCCCUGUCCCUUCCAUCUUUCCCUUGUACUCCAUUGGCUGACACGUAUCCCACGCCAGGAUGACAUCGCCAGCGCCGGCCGCACGCCACGCACCGCCUAA